GUACAUACUCCGUUCCGUAGAUAGAAGUACAUUAAAAAGAUGAAAAAUGAGUAGCUGUUUGGGGAAACAAAUGCUCCGUAUGUAAUUUGAAUUACGAAAACCUAUGCUUUACGCACCUCCCCUUGUUCGCUUUCUGUCAUUCCGUUUUCCAUCUCCAACGUACGGAGUGCGUAGAAGCACCACUAAAACUAUCUAUGAAUCCAUUCCGUCUCUCUUUCUGAGCUCGUCUUCAAAAUUCCUCCGUUUCUUGACACCAUUUUUUGAAAUCUGGGUUUCGAAAUACCUAUACAUACUUGGAUAUACUCAACUUCACGAUGGCUUCUAAUAUAGGGAUUAUGGAUAGUGCCUACUUUGUGGGAAGGAAUGAGAUUCUUUCCUGGAUCAAUUCCAGGCUUCAGCUUAAUCUUUCUCGUAUUGAGGAGGCUGCAUCUGGAGCAGUGCAAUGUCAGAUGAUUGACAUGACUUACCCAGGAAUUGUUCCGAUGCAUAAGGUGAACUUCGAUGCAAAGACAGAAUAUGACAUGAUCCAGAACUAUAAAGUACUGCAGGAUGUUUUCAACAAGCUUAAAAUUGAAAAGCACAUUGAGGUCAACAGGCUAGUUAAGGGUCGGCCAUUGGAUAACUUAGAGUUCUUACAAUGGUUGAAACGUUAUUGCGAUUCUAUAAAUGGUGGCAUCACGAAUGAGAAUUAUAAUCCUGUGGAACGGAGAGGUAGGGGUGGGAAGGAACGGAGUAGUAAAGUUUCUCAAAGGAAUACAAAGUCCCUACAAACAAACAACUCUCACAGCACAAGCUUAGGGGAUGGAGUUGGCUCCACUAAGAUUUUAGAGUCCAACCAAGCGAAGCCACACAUAGCAACAGCUGCAGUUAAUUCUCCAGCAGAGUUUCAGGCAUUGUCAAAGGAGGUUACAGAACUCAAGCUCUCUAUAGACCUUUUGGAGAAAGAAAGGGAUUUUUAUUUUUCAAAAUUACGUGAUGUUGAAAUUCUCUGUCAGGACCCCGAUGUAGAAAAUGUCCCGAUGGCUGUUGCAAUUAAGAAAAUUCUGUAUGCAGCUGAUGAGAAAGAAUCUGCUCUGGCAGAAGCCAAGGAAAUACUGAACCAAUCUGCAGAUGCUGCUGAUGAAGCCGAACCAGAGGAUCAUGAAGAAGAGGCUGAAGAGUGAAAGUUAAAGAUUAGAGAGUGCUGACACCUAUAUACUAAUACAAGGGUCAAUUAACCAGUUUAGUAAAUUCUCAUUUCCUUAAAAUUCGUAAACCUUCUUAUCUAUCAGUUCCGAUCUUCUGGAUGAUCUUAUAGACCAUGGAAGUGACGCUAAUAUUUUGGCCUUUUAGCCCCAAUUAUUAGACACGUGAACUCCACUGCUGAACUGUGUACUGGGAAUCUGAUUUGCGUGUGGUAGUAACUAGUAAAAGGAUUGCAUAAA